GGCGUCACCGUCUCCAAGGAGUGGUUCGGGGCACCGGUUUCAAAGUCGCAGGGCGGGCCGAGUGGACUUCCGCUGCUGGCCUGGGGCUUCCCAGCCGUCUUGGCGUCGUCUUCUCCAACCCACGCCGCUCCGCGUAGAACGCCGCUCUCAGGCUGCCCUCCAGCUCCCGCGGCACUCUCCUAGGUGGCCCGAUGAGACCCGGAGUGACCCGCGGGACGCCUGUAUCGACCACGUCCUCUUCCCACCAGGGUAGGAUUCGGUUGAACGUGGAACAGAAUUCACUUGAUCAAAGACUAAAUGAAGAUUUUAGGCGGUACCAAAUGGAAAAUUUUUCCAAAUAUUCAUCUGUACAGAAAGCUGUCUGCCAAGGAGAAGGAGACGACACAUUUGAAACCCUAGUGUUUGACCAAAGCUUUUUAGCUCCUCUUAUAACUGAGUAUGAUAAACAUCUAGGAGAACUAAAUGGGCAGCUGAAAUAUUAUCAGAAACAAGUGGGUGAGAUGAAACUACAGCUUGAAAAUGUCAUCAAGGAAAAUGAAAGGUUGCACAGUGAAUUAAAAGAUGCUGUUGAAAAACAAUUGGAGGCCUUUCCCCUUGGCACAGAGAUAGGAACUGAUACAUAUGCAGAUGAUGAAACAGUCAGAAACCUUCAAGAACAAUUGCAACUAGCCAAUGAAGAGAAAACUCAGGCUGUGGAACUCUGGCAGACUGUUUCUCAGGAGUUGGACAGACUACACAAGCUUUACCAGGAACAUAUGACUGAGGCCCAAAUUCAUGUAUUUGAAAGUCAAAAACAAAAGGAUCAGCUUUUUGAUUUUCAACAACUGACCCAGCAACUUCAUGUUACUAAUGAGAACAUGGAAGUGACUAACCAACAGUUUCUGAAAACAGUAACUGAACAAAGUGAGAUGAUCGAACAACUCCGAAAAAAACUUAGGCAAGCCAAAUUAGAGCUGAGAGUUGCUGUAGCAAAAGUGGAAGAGUUAACUAACGCGACUGAAGAUCUGCAGGGACAGAUGGAAAAGAAGGAGAAGGAUGUGGUGUCUGCCCAUGGAAGAGAGGAAGCAUCAGAUAGGCGCUUACAGCAGUUACAGUCCAGUAUAAAACAAUUAGAAAUAAGAUUAUGUGUGACAAUCCAAGAAGCCAACCAAUUAAGAACAGAAAAUACACAUCUGGAAAAACAGACCAGAGAGCUACAAGCAAAGUGCAAUGAAUUAGAAAAUGAGCUAUAUGAGGCCUUUGUAAGAGCCAGAAAUAGCAUACAACUCUUAGAAGAAGCUAACCUUCAAAAAAGUCAGGCUCUACUUGAGGAGAAGCAAAAAGAAGAAGACAUAGAGAAAAUGAAAGAGACAGUUUCUCGGUUUGUACAAGAUGCUACCAAAAGAACCAAGAAGGAAGUUGCAAACACAAAAAAACAAUACAGUAUACAAAUUUCUCGAUUGACAGAAGAACUUUCAGCCCUUCAAAUGGAGUGUACUGAAAAACAAGGCCAAAUUGAACGAGUCAUUAAGGAAAAAAAAGCAGUGGAAGAAGAACUAGAAAAGAUUUACCGUGAAGGCAGAGGAAAUGAAAGUGAUUACAGAAAACUGGAAGAAAUGCACCAAAGAUUCCUGGUUUCAGAGCAUUCAAAAGAUGAUCUUCAGCUAAGACUUACGAGAGCAGAAAAUAGAAUAAAACAACUUGAAAUUGACUCCUCAGAAGAAAUAUCACGUUACCAAGAAAUGAUUCAGAAAAUUCAAAAUGUAUUGGAGUCUGAGAGAGAGAACUGUGGGCUUGUCAGUGAACAAAGGCUAAAACUUCAGCAAGAAAAUAAACAGUUACGGAAAGAGACUGAGAGUUUAAGGAAGAUUGCCCUGGAGGCUCAAAAAAAAGCCAAAUUAAAGAUCAGUACAAUGGAACAUGAAUUUUCAAUAAAGGAACGUGGGUUUGAAGUUCAACUGAGAGAGAUGGAAGACAGUAAUAGAAAUUCCAUUGUUGAACUGAGGCAUCUCCUAGAGACUCAACAGAAAGCAGCCAAUAGGUGGAAAGAAGAAACGAAGAAACUUACUGAAAGUGCAGAAAUUAGAAUCAAUAAUCUAAAGAGUGAGCUGAGUCGACAGAAACUUCAUACCCAAGAGCUGCUUUCUCAGCUGGAAAUGGCAAAUGAAAAGGUAGUUGAGAAUGAAAAGCUAAUUCUAGAGCAUCGAGAAAAAGCCAAUAGACUUCAAAGGCGUCUGAGUCAGGCAGAAGAGAGAGCUGCUUCAGCUUCCCAGCAGCAUAACUUGGAACAUUUGAAAGCUUUUCAACCUAAAUGUGGGGAAAAAACAGGGGACACUGCAGACACUACCAGAUUUUCAAAGGUGACCAUUUCCACUGAGUGACUACAGGACUGCCCCCAGGACUUGGCCACUUUCCGUAAUGCUAGCCAGAGUGCAGUGGUAGCAUGUCUUUAUCUAAAUAAAUAGUCAUUUGCUGAACUCACGUUUACUGCAUAUUUUAGGGGAAACGAAUGAGAGUGAAGUGGCAGCCUUGGGAAUGACAUGGCUACCCACCACAUCAGCAACUUUGUCUUCUUAAAGUUGUGUGCUCCCAAGCGCUCCUGAAAUCUACUCCUGUCACCUAACUUCCAGAUCCAGAACUGGUACCCAGGUGUGCAAUGCCCCGAGGUGUGUGUUUGAAGGAAGAGCAGUCACCAUAAUCACUCAGUUGUCUGCAUUUCUAAUUAUGGCCACUCAUUUGUCAGUCUGAGAAUGAUCAUAUGCCUUGAUUGUAGUCACAUGUAUUAAAUGAUUUUUGAGGAUCUGCUACAAACUGAUAUUGUGUGAAUUAAAUAGAAAACUAACUUACUUGAGAAAACAAGUUGGUAGUGAUUUUUUUUUAUUGUCACCCCUGCCCUGAUACACUUACUGUUUACAAUUACAAAUAACUGUGCAACUCUCUGGGCAAGGCAAAAAUUUCAAUUUUUUAAUGCCUUCACCAUCACAGGCAUCAUGGCAAAUUUGGGGUAGCGUAUUUUUUUCAGGACAAUAAGCCCAUUUUAAACUGAGUCUAAGGCUGGGUGCAGUGGCUCACACCUGUAAUCCCAACACUCUGGGAGGCCACAGCGGGUGGAUCACUUGAGGUCAGGAGUUCAAGACCAACCUGACCAACAUGGUGAAACCCUGUCUCUACCAAAAAUACAAAAAUUAGCCAGGCAUGGUGAUGCAUGCCUGUAAUCCCAGCUACUCAUGAGGCUGAGGCAGGAGAAUCACUUGAACCCGGGAGGCAGAGGCUGCAGUGAGCUGAGAUCAUGCCACUUUGCUCCAGCCUGGGCAACAAAGUGAGAUUCUGUCUCAAAAGAAUAAAGAUAAACUGAAUACAAACUCCCUAAAGUUCCUUAGGCUUUUUAAUAAAGUAAAUGUAAGUAAUGCCACACACAUACACACACAAAUCCUGAUUUAUUCCCUGUUUCUCAUACAUUGUUGGCAUUGUUCUACUUAAACAGCGACAGUGAUGACUCCAAAAAAAAUGUUUAGAAUUAGAAGUGCAUGUUAAUCUGAGUAACUUAAGUACAGAAAAGAGUUAGUACACCACAAGCAUUUUCUACACUUUUAUUUUGUGGUGAUUGUGAGACAAACACAGUCCAAACAAUAGACUUCUUGUCCUCCCCCUCCCAACAACUAUCUGACUCCACAGCUCAUGCACCCCAAUUACAGCAGGUGUCGGGCUGGCAUAAAGGCUUCUCACCAGGAUUCCAGUUUAUCCUUCUCAAUCCUUUUCUCAUCUCUAACAAAAACGCCACACAUACAUGUAGUUGUGAGAGGUAAAGUCUUCUUUACACUCACCACCAGGGGGCGUAGGGGAGCACAAAAGCCUCACAAACCUGCUCCAGGCUCCUGCCUCCUCCAGGGCCCGAAUGCACCGCCUUCCCAGGAAUCCUAACCUGGUCUGAGAAGGGGCAUCACAAAUAAGCUGGCACUCAGUCGUGUACUAAAAGGAUUGCUAAUGCUCCCUUUAAAAGACUUUCACUUCUACGCCAUCUCUAACAGGGCCAUGCAGGUCUCCAUGAUAGCGCUUUUUUGGUCCAGUGCUUCCCGGGUCUU